AAAUUAGUCAAAAUAAUAAAUGCUCUACGAGUCUUGGCCAUAAUUUUAUUUUAUUCGAUUUUCUUCUCUCUUAGAAAUUUAAAGAAAAAAAGGAAAAAAAAUAAAAAGAAGAGGGCUUUUUGUAGAUUUUGGACGGAUCGCCCAUGGAAAUUGCUUCGGAUGAAACCACCCGCAUAUGCAAUCACUGUGACAGGGCCAUACCUUCUUCAAAUAUUGAUUUGCAUUACGCUCAUUGCUCCCGGAAUCUAGAAAAAUGUAAUGUUUGUGGUGAUAUGGUUCCAAUAAGGCAUGCUAAGGAACAUUUCUUAAACACCCAUGCUCCGGUGGCUUGCUCAUUGUGCAGUGCGACAUUGGAACGUGGAAAUCUAGAUAUACAUAAAGGUGAAAGUUGCCCCCAGAGGAUUGUUAAUUGUGAGUUUUGUGAGUUUCCGUUGCCUGCUAUUGAUCUGGCUGAGCAUCAGGAAGUCUGUGGGAACCGGACAGAGAUGUGUUAUCAAUGUAACAGAUACAUUAGACUGAGAGAAAGAUAUAACCAUGCAAGUAGGUGCACUGGUAUUGCAGAAAACAAUGUGGAAUCUUCCAGGGAUGUGGGGGCCCCUGAAAGGGAACAAGGUGCUCCGAGAAGGCAGCCACCUGAAUAUUCACGGAAACGACUUAUAUUCACCAUUGCGGUAACCGGCAUUGCUGUUUUAUUCGGAUCACUUUUUUUCCAAAAGAAGGCGGAGGCCAGUCAGGUGCAUUAGCAGAAUACACUACACAAACUGGGGCGUUAUGUAAAUCAGCUAGAGAGCUACGUUUUUAACGUUUUGUCACUUAUCUGUAUCCAUCAUAUUAUCCUAAGAGCAUAUAUUAGUAUUAUUGGUGCUGUAUCAAAUUCAUUCAGAUUGGGAUAAUAUGCUAACAGUCCAAUGCCAUAUCUGUUUCUUAGUUUGGGUCACAAAAUGUAAUUUUUUUCAUUUCAAAAUUUAAAAUAUAGAGAAGAAGUUUUCGACUAA